AGCGAACAUACAUUGUCCCUCUGGAGCCUGCCGCCUGAUUCCCUUAGACCGGACCAUUGUUCUGUGUGUUGUCCUCGCCGCAUCCUCCCACCACCGUUCAUAGACCGCUCGCCUCGACCUGCAGCAACCCACUGGCGCUUUUGCUUGUUGACAUUGGCGGCCCGCUCUCCAAGGUCGACUUACGAACGCCCCUUCAUUACGAUCCACACCCUCACAGCUUCACCGUUGGCAUCCUUUUCCAUAGGCCGACCGAAGUAGCACCUCAGUCUCACUCUUCGUCCUCCUCUUCCAGCUACCUGGUACACCCAUCUUUCCUCCCUUCCAUCAUUGACAUCCCCCUCUCGCUGCACAGCUCGUCUUCCCAUUGGCUCAUCGUGCAACAGCAAGCUGCUUUCACCUCAGGUCCUCUGAGAUACCAAGCGCUCGCAUCGCUCUCUCACCAUGAGCUCUGGAGUUCCGAUCCUGCCGGCCCUCGGUACCAUGGACGGUCCACACCGUCUGCACUCCUAUAGCGUCAAGCAGCUGCAGCCGCAUUCUCCACGGGAUGCUCUUCAGCAGCUCACUCAGUCGCAUCACAGUACUGCUUCUGCUGGUCAGACACUGCCUCCCAUCUCUUCCCUCAGCGGUCCCAGCCGUAGUCCCACUGGUUCCCCAGCCUCCUUGGCAUCCUCAGAUGAUGUCCCAACACAAGCCAAUGACACCUCUUUCUCUGCUGCUCAAAGCGCCGCCCUGUCCCGGCAAAGAGGUUCCGCCAGCUCAGAUGAAGUCAUCGAGACCAUGGACACCGACGAGGAUGGUCAUUCCGGCGCGCCUUACAAGUCUCACAGUGGUCAUCCACGAAUGCCUAUGGGAGUUCCCUCACCCACGUGGACCAAUCGCUGGACCAGCCGCGCCCCUCCUCCGAAGCCGCUGGACACCAAGCGGAGCCCUCGCUCUCUUGUGUCACCGUUGGGCAUACCCAGCGUCAUGGCACCCGUUUCUGGAAGACAUCAUCCCUACGGCGCUCGCACGAGCGGUGCCGUGACUCCUUCACCGACAUGGCCCGCACAUAUCGGUCUCGAAGAUGCCAAUGCACCUCCACACUCGGCGGGUAGCCAUCCUCACUACUCCACUCGUCCCUCGCCUCCCCGCCAGCCUUACAGUGAUAAUACCCCCUCGGCCAUUCUCCGUCGUAGAGCGAGUACGCUGGCUGAGCAGGGAGCAGGAGGCUCCGCAGGUCCUCACCGCUCGGCACCUCAAUCUCAGGGCGCUUCGCGGACUGCACCGAGGCUGACGCAGCGGGCCAGCAUGGAAUCGCUGGAGCAACAGCGAAGGCUUGGCGGCCGUGCCGCCCCUGGCGAGUAUCAGCAUGCCGGCUACCAUUCCCCCGCCUACCCUCCUUCUCCUCUUCUCUUCAGUCCCAUCACACCUUGGUCGGCAGAGCACCAUGCCAGCCCGGUGUACCCGUCUCCAAUGUACCCUCAAGGUCAGCUUCACGGCGGACAAGACGGUCGAAUGUUGAGCGCCGGCGCCAGAUACGGUGGAAACGACUCUCCUCACGCAUACAACAAUUCUCUACAACUAUCUCUUCAUGACCAGCAGCAACAACAUCAGCAUCACCUGCAAAUUGAACAUGGCCGUCGUCCCACAUCCUACCAGCAGCCUGGUCUCUCACCACCCACUCACUCACAGGCGUGGGGCGCUUCCCAUCCCCAGGCGCAGUCGGAGCCUACUGCUGCUCCACCUCUAGAACGCUUCAGCCAAACCCGCCGUCGCCGUCGCCCGCCUUACAGCUACUCUUCUCUCAUUGCACAGGCCAUCACUUCGAGUCCAGAGAGCCGUAUGACAUUGCGUGAGAUCUACACUUGGAUCUCCAAUGCCUACCCAGAGCUCUACUCCAUGGAUGGCCCCGACUCUCAGGGCUGGCAGAACACCGUGCGCCACAAUCUCAGUCUGAACAGGACCUUCGUCAAGGUUGCCAGGACCGCACAGGACAUCUACGACAGCUGUGCUUCUAGUGAUCCAGCUCACUCCCAGGCUGCUAGGGGCAAGGGAGGCUGGUGGACCAUCGAUCCUUCCUCGACCACCUCUCGAUCGCUACUGCUGACUCCAGGUGGAGCCGACACUUCUCCCUUGCCUUCAAGAAGUCCCAAUGGAUUUUCCGGCGACGAGUACUUCCCCUCCCCUGCUCCUCAAAGCGCGAAAGUGCUCGAGGGAGGUCCUCCUAACGUGGCUCUCCAGCCUGCGCCUACCGCUAGUGCACACCGACGAUCUUCCCUCAACACCGACCACAACUCGGCUGCCAAGAGGCCCCAGGCCGUGCGUCACCAGACCUCGACGGCGUCCAUCGUGUCCGACCCGGUGCACCCCAAGACGAUGCAGCUUCCCUCUGUCCUACGCCCACGAGGUGACACAAUCUCCGGCGGAGUACCCACCGUCGUCGUUGGUCUCGGCUUCGAGAGUGCAGACAGCUCUACGCGACCUCGAGCCUACUCGAGGGCUUGCCCACCGCGCUCGCCACCCCAUACCGCACCUGCUACUUCUGCUUCUGCUCCGGGCAUCGAAAAUUCUCCUCCCCUCUUGCAGUCCGAGAAGCGGGCCAUCUCGGCACCUGAGCACAAACGCGAGGAAGCCCCUGAGGAGAAGGCAUCUGGUAGGAAGAUGGACAUCAGCGGUCUCCUCUGCUAGAGUCUCCUACUUCACAUUUCCUUUUUUUCGCCUUUGAAACUUUUUCCAGCCCCUUUGCCCUUGUUACUCGCACGUCAUCCAGCACUUCGUACGUCUGUACUCUAUACCCAUACCAAGGAGAAUCAUUGUCAUGCAGCUUAAUCCUUUCAUCUAGCCACCUCUCGCACCAUUGCCGUCGUUGCAUAAAUACCAUUUACAUGAUUGGAAAGAUAUGACUGAAGUUCGAUCUUGCUCAAAGAGUGUACUUCGAAACUCACUCGUCGACCAUCUCGG